AUGUUCCAGAAACAUAACAGUGUGUGCAUUUCUGAACUGUGUGUGAUAUACCACUUGGCAAAGACUUCAAUCUUUGGCAAGCAUGUGAGUAGUGUAAGCCUUGCUUUUCUCUAUCCAGCAUUAUAUAUAAAGAAGAUAGCGAUAGAUGAAAUAAAAUUUGAUGGAAUGGACCCAUUAAUCAAAGAAGCUAACAAAGGUUUAGCUAAAUUUAUUUGUGGCCCACCACUGGUCCAUAACAACGUGGUCAGAGAAUUGUAUUAUACGUCGUCGGCUAUGGUUGCUGCCAAUAUGAGUGUCCAUCACUCACUUGAAGAUGGAAGAACAUCGAGUGUUGGUCAAAUUUGGAACUGCAACAAAAUUUCAGAGCGCAUUCAUUCAUCUGGUCUCAAAGAAUCUAAGGGUGGUCCAGGGCAAUUUUAUUCUUGUGAUUAUGGACCCUACACUUAA